CACAAAUUGAAACUAAAAAUGGAAUCCGAGCACCCAACUGCUGAAGCGCCUGCUUCUUCUGAACUACAGAUGCCAGAACAAACAGUCAAGACAGUCGAGAAGAAAGUACUUGAUGGGGAAGAAGUCACGCUUGUCAGGGAAGAUGCUGUUUUAGACACAGAGCAAGAAGAUAAGCUUCUAAAAUUUCUUAACAAAGUGCAAGGUGUUUAUGAAAAAGAUAGUUCUCUUCCAGAAAUCUUAGGAGAUAGCCUAAAGACAUGGAUAGGCGAGAUAGAGGAUAAGAAAACAAAGGUUGAUUGUAAUGAUGGGGAUAAGAAAGAAGAUGCCAAAGAGGAAUCUGUUGAAUAGCUGAGAAUGGUGGGAGAUGAGAAUAU